CCGAGCCGCCCAAAGCUACGUAUUGGAUAUAUAAAGCGGGACGGAGGCUUCAGCGGCACAACGCAACACAACCACUGGCAACCACGAGCUCUCCUCUUCCCAUCUACGUCAACACAGAUCAGGUGAAAAGAUGCGUGGUGCUGGCGGAGCGCUGGCUGUGGCCGUCGCCGCGUUGCUGGUCUGCUGCAGUGCAGAUCCCCAUCAGGAGCAGGAUGUAAGUGGUAAUGACCACUCCGCGGAGCGCUACGAUGCCGCCGAUUAUAAACAAAAGGAACUCGAAGAUUUCCUCCGCUUCCUGGUCCACUACGAAAAUAAGUACGAAGACCGCAACUUGAAUGGCAUCGGUGGAAACUCUCUGCUUGGAAGGAACACCAACGGUCUCGGUGGAAGCUCCCUAUUGGGCAGGAACCUUGGGAACCUCGGAGGCAGUUCUCUGGUGGGCAGGGAGUUGCACUACGGCGGCAGGAACACCCAUGGCCUCGGUGGCUCGACCCUCGUGGGUAGAGAAGCCGAAGGAGAGAAAAGGAUGUACUCCAGAUUUGUCGACUCUCUUGGAGGCGGUAACUUUGUUCGUAACCUGGACUCUAUUGGGGGAGGGAAUUUUGUGAGGAACCUCGACUCCAUCGGAGGCAGCAACUUCGUGAAGAAAAACCUUGACCAGCUCGGCGGGCCGAACCUUGUCAAGAAGAACCUGGACUCUUUGGGCGGAGGCAACUUCGUCAGGAACCUCGACUCCAUCGGCGGCGGCAACUUCGUGCUUCGAGAGGUGCGCCACCCUGGAUAUGUGCCAUACCUCCUCUCCAGACGAUUCGACUUCACCAGUCCAUAUGGAAGCAAACGCGAGCCUUGGGCGCUUGCACCGAUCGAGUUCAGGGGAUACUACGGAGAUGGUCUCCCCAAGCGUAAUUUCGACGAGAUCGACCGAUCCGGCCUGGACACGUUCGUGAAGAAACGCAACUUCGACGAGAUCGACCGUUCAUCAAUGCCGUUCCCCUACGCGACCAAACGCUUCUACCAUCUGUACGGAACCAAUGACAUUGAUACCCCUGUCUCAAGCUUCGACAAGAAGAGGUACCGACCUGACUACCCCAUGGACGAGAUUGACCUGUCACACUUCCCCAUCGGUUCAAAGAGGUCCCAAGACGACUAUCCUCUCGUUCCCCGCAAUUUACUGUAAACAAAAGAAUCCAGCUACCGUCCUAUAUACAAAGCAUUAUGUCCACAAUUCCACAUAACAGUCUUAGCUCGCUCAGAACUCUGUGAUUGUCUAAUAAAACAUUUCGUGUGUUUCGCUAAUGGUUUUCUCUUUAUCUUUCUUCGAUACUAAAGUUUUUAUUUUUUCUAAAUUAAAGUUUUAAUGAUGUUACGUAUAAACUUUUGUCUAAAGUUGAUUCUUUAACUUGGUCUUCAACACUCUACGUGUAUCAAUAUCUUAUAGAAUCUAGUACUUUCUCAUUCCUAAAGUAUCUAGUUUAGAUAAUUAUUAGACUUAUAAUAUAUUAUGAUAUUGUACAUUUCUCUGAUAUUAUAAAUUGUAGUAAAAUUUUAAUGUGUAAGGAGGGAGAGGUUUAGAUUCGUAUCUAAAUAUUAUAUCAGUAUUAUCGAGAAACCCUUAGAAAAUAACAUUAAAAAAUUGUACCUGUAUAUUUAUGUUUACCUUGCAUUGUGUAUGUAAAAGUUUAAGUUGAAUUUGAGUAUAAAUUAUUAUGAAAUAAAUAAUAAAAAGAUUAUGAAUAUU